AUGCCUUCUCUUCUCGAGCCCCAGACAUUUCCAGCCAUCGACGGCAUUUCUGCAAGCAUCCUCGUCCUCGCCGGUUAUCAAUACUACGAGCUUGCGUCCUGGGACACCGCGCUGUAUCCAGCCCGCUUUGUCCAAGGUCGCGUACCUACCGGAAUCGCCGCGUACCAUUUUUGGUGGACGCUCCCAGUGUCACUCUUUGGGCGCCGAAAUCCCUCGGGGACGAUCGUCGAGGCUGCGGGCGUCUUUCUUGUCGGAGUGUACUCUCGUAGAGGCGGCAGCUCAGGGCCACUGAAACCGGCGGAGCAGGGACUCUACGUCACUCCCAUUACCUCUGGCAAAUUGUCAUCGAGCUAUGUAGCAGGUAUGGAACAGGCUAAUGGAAGACCGGUGCGUCCGAGCAGGCGCCACUUUCGUGGCGAGUCAGGGAUGCAUGUAGUCCCGGGGCGCAAGGUCGGACAGGUUGUUGUCGACCACAUAUGUGUAGCUACAAGAUACGAGUGGCAGACACUAGACUCUGAUAACAUGGCUCCCGGCAAAGGCGCCCCUUCAGCGUCCAUCCUCUUCCACCCAAAGAAACCAAAGCCCGGGCAGGCUCCCCCACCAAAAGCCCCAGGCACGCCGCGCAAGGCCCCGCCGAAGCCGCCGCCCAAGGACGACGACCUGAACCCGCCGCGCCCGGAGGGCGAGUACAUCGAGUACCAGCUCGAGUCGUCCGCGCUCAACGGGUGGAAGUACGACCUGAUGAAGUUCGACUCGCGCCGGCCCGUCGACGUCGGCACGUGGGUCCCGCCCGUCAAGCUCAACCGCAAGGAGCCGCGCCGCGAGCUCGCGCCCCAGGCGCGCGCCCCGCAGGCGGUCGGCCCGAUGCUGGGCCCCGACGGGAAGCCUGUUAUUGGCGCGGACGGGAACCCGGUGAUGGUGGAUGCGGAGGGGCGCCCGAUACAUAACCUCAGUGGCGCGGGCGUGGCCGCGCCGGGCGAUAAGAAGAAUGGGAGGAAGAAGUUCCAGAAGAAGACAAGGCAGGUGUAUCUGAUCCCGGAGGAGGUGAGGCAGCUGAGGAAGGAGGAGCGGUACCCAUGGGUGAUGGAGGAUGCGAGUGGCCAGGAGGUGUGGGUUGGCAAGAUGGAGGAGGUUUCUCGGUCAGAGACACAUGCUUUCUUCAUGCCAACGGCAAAUGAGGUGUUCAAGUUCGUGCCUGCAAACCGAUGGUACAAGUUCCAGAAGAAGCCGAACUACAGGAUACCCAAUCUAGAGGAGGCUGAAUCCAUGAUGGCGAAGAUUCAGAAGAAUAAAGACCCAGGACGCUGGCUUCCUCACAAUCGCACGUCAGGCUCCGCUGCCAGCGGUAGCGGUGGAGGAGGAGGAGGUACAGCCUCUGUCUCGAUGCCCUAUAUACAGGCCGGACCAUCUCUCGUCUAUGACGCGGGGACCUCCCUCGGACCAGGCGGUCGUAGACUUCGCGCUGUGGACAGUGGAAUGGAACGCGGUCUGUUUGGUGAUGACGAUGAGGAGGAUAGUAAGAGGAGGAGACAGCGGGAGUAUGGCGGAGAAGGUGAUCAGGAUGAGAUGGACUAUGAGGAGAUCUUCGAGGAUGACGAAGAGAAGCCUAAUGUGGAUGAGGCGGAGGACGAGGAAGCCAAGGAGCUUGAGGAGCGUAUGAAGAAGGAAUAUAGCAAGGCGAAGGUUCUGAAUGACGGGGAGGAGAGCGAGGACGAAGAAGACGAGACGAAGCUGACAAAGGCUGGCAGGCAGCUGAAGAAACUGAUGCGGAGUCUCGAAAAGAACCAGGCGUAUGAAAGUGAUGAUGACGAGAAUCCAUACGCGAGCGAGGAGGAGGAAUCGGAGGAAGAACCUCCAGAAGUUCCAGUCGGUCCUGCAGUACAGGAUCAGUCUCAAUCGCAAUCCCAGUCGCGAUCCGGCUCGCAACAGCCUCUGCCCUCCACUCCUCUACCCGCUCCCACACCCAUUAAAAAGGAGCCUCCAGCAGCAUCCUUAUCUCGCCCGACGUCCCCGACGCAGUCGGGACACUCCAUCGUAGCGAAACGAGCUACCAGCCCUCCUAAAAUAUCCAAAGUCAAGACGAGCCCGAAUGUGAGCAGAGCGAGCAGUCCCCUUGCUCAGGGACCCGCAAGUCCCUUAGGUAGACCUGGUAGCCCUGUCAACGGCGCCCCUCCCCCUAGCGCGGCGCCGACGCCUAGUAAACAAAACAACAAGCGUAAAGCUGAAGACGCCCCUACGUCGCCAACGUCGCCUACUACGGCUGCGGACGGGACCACGGGCACCGAGCAGCGUAAGAGGAAGAAGCGCAAGCCAGCACUGCCCGUCGAAGAACUCACGGCCAGUAAGCUGGUCGAGUGGAUCCAAGCUCAUCCAGGAUGCACUACGAAGGAUUGCAUCAACGCCUUCAGGGGAUAUUUGGAGCAUUCGAAGGACGGCAGGAAAAUCUUUUCAGAUCUCAUCAAGGAGGUCGCAACUAUCAAGUCGAAUUUGCUCAUCUUGAGGCCGCAAUACAGAGGAGACGAUGCUCCGGAUGGUACGACUCCGGGUAGUGCACCUGCGACUCCAGGGCAAGGUAGUUAACCAUGUCCGUAUUUCGCCUGUUUCGCCUGUAUUGUAUCACCGCGCUAGGUAUGUCGUUCAGUGUACGGAUUACUUGUAUUGCUGCACCCUUCCCGGGGGCAGCAACAGAACGGUCUCGUUUUUAGUCCGGGACGUCGUGUUUCGUCCAAGAAUAAUACAUUGAACGGG